AUUCUACUAUCAUGGCUGUUUUAUCCGUGGUUGAUUUUUACAAUAAGGUUUUUAGGCUGCUAUUCAUCUUUAAAACAUAUUUGCUUUUAUGGGUUAGAAUUUUUUUUUUAAUCUUUUCUAUGAUAUGUGCAGUAGAAAUGUUUGAUCUGCUGCGUUGUGAUUUUGAUGUAAUUUUCAUAUCCAAUAUUGUUACCGGAUUUGACAACACGCAUUAACGAAUGUGGAUGUGAUCAAUUUGUUAUAUUUUGAACUGAAAACUAUGUUUCUGAUUGCAGAAAGUGAGGAUGAGAGGAUAGUUAGAGAGUUUGCGUAUCUGUUAGAUGCAUGUGAAGCUUAUCAGAAUGUGAGUUCUCAGAGUACCUCAAUUCAAACCAUAUCAGAGAGGUUCAUGGGAAUGAAGGCUGCUAUAAUAACUAACAAUCCUGGCUUGAAAUCUUUUGGUGGCAAACUCGGUUUGACUGUGUUUCCAUUCAAUGACUUAAAGGGGAAUGAAUUUUCCCUUUCUGGAUCAUCUACUGAGUUUGUGACAUUUGAGUUACUCAAGAUGCUUGGAUUUCAAGAGGGGAAGACACUAGAGACAAGUCAAUUUGAUUUAGUAUUUGUGCAUGUUGGAGCUGGUGAAAGAGUGAAUGCUGAGGGACAAAAGACUAUUGCCAAUGAUGUGGAAUAUAUUGAUGCUUUAGUUGAUGGCAUCAUGCGCAUAGCACAACCUGGCUCUGAAAUUGGUUCUCGUCUGCACUUGUCCCUUGUAAUGAGCUAUGGUUAUGUUACAGAAGGUGAUGGUAGAGAUUUAUCAAUUUUGACUUCUGAAGAUGAGAUGGAUCCUGCACUUUCAAAGCUCUUCCCUCUUCAAAGUUACACUAUGAAAGGAGAAAAACCACGAAAUGAUGUCAGGUACCAUUGCCCAAUGUUAAUUUCUCAAUGGCAGUAUGCUGUAACCCGUGUAGAUAUGGCAGAAACAUUUUCUUUUAAAGAUUUUAAAGAGCAUGGUGGAAAUCUUGUAAUACCAGCUGAUAGAUUCCUGCAUGAGGUAGCAUUUAAGCUUUGGAAGGCCCCCAAGUAUGGAGCAUAAAAUAGGUUUUCUUGAAGUCGGGCUGUAUGAGACAAUACUCGACCAGUAACUCUUUUGACUUAAGCAGGAAAGUUAACCCGAGUCUUGAAUGAAUUUUAUGUCCCUUGUCAAGCUGCAAACCAAUGCCAGUGACCUUGUUGGAAUUAUUAUCUCGAUUUUGUCAUGUGAUGCUCAUCUUUAUAAAUAAAAGGGUUUUCUUUGUUUGAAUGUACAAUCAUUGUUGCCGUGUUUGACCAUCUGUGUUUCCUCUCUAGCUGUGGAGAUAUAAAUACUUUGUCUUCGGCGUGCAUGUGCAGUAAGAUGAAAGUAGAUAGGUUUCUUGA